AUGUUGAUCAAGUUCUUUUCGGUGUUCGUCGUUUUAACGGUUGACGGCUACUACGUUCAGCUUGGAAUCGAGCCCGCCAUGCUUGGAGCUGUGUCUUUUGGACAGUGCAGCCCCUACUAUCUUGAGAACGGACUUUGGAAAGACUGCGGCCCCUCGCUGGUGUUCUCUGAGAAGACGAACCAAUGUGAGCCUCAAUUCGGUGAUUGCUGGCACGAGAAGCCGCCAAUUGGGACAAAAAUCGAUGACAUCAGAACUCCUUUCCUCUGCAAUCAUAUUAACCUUGGCACCUUUGCACAAGGAUGUAGCAAUUCGUUCGUCGUUUGCAAGGACAAGAAGCGUAUCGAUGCCCGUUGCCCGAAAGAACUUGUGUGGGACGAGAAGUUGUGGUUUUGUCUGAAUCCGGACAUUUGCCUCGAAAGCCAGCUGAGCACUCCACCGAAUUCUCCACAAUCUCCUAUUCCACCAAUUCGAUACAUCUUAUAUGCACUUUUCUUGACUAUCUGCUUGCUGAUCUGUAUCCUGAGCACUCGU